ACAGAAUAAGGAUGGUUUGGGUUGGAAGGUACCUUAAAGACCAUCUAGUUCCAACCCCCGUGCCACAGUCACGGGCUCCUUCCACUGGACCAGCUUGCUCAAAGCCCCAUCCAGCCUGGCAGUCAGCAAGUUAAUUGCUUGAAAAUGUGUGUUACUAUGUCAGAAUAUUAAAAGUAGCGCACAUACAAACACAGAAAUGAGUGAUAACUUCUCAUUAAAGCUCCAUGUUUUUUCAGUAAGAAGCCUUUUUGACACUUAAAAAUAAAAUGCAGUAACAGCUGUGCUACAGUGAGCACGUGUGCACAAAUGAUGGAUGUGAGUUGUGCUCUGUGUCCAAGUGGGUAAAUGCAUUUAUUGUCCGCAUAAGCAGUGCUAACAGGAAGUGUACACGGCAGCACCAGUAGUGGGAUGGAUAACCAAACCUGAGCGAGGGAGGAAUUGAUAACUGAUGGCUUAAGGAAGGUUAAUGUAGGAGUACAUUGUCUAGAAAAAAUGGUAAAAGCCCUUGAAAUAGAAAAUGCUUAAUUUAAAACAAGACUUCCUCAAAUAGCCUUGUGUGUAAGGUCAGGUCUCUCUGAGAGUUACACUAAGACCACAGUCUUGUACUCUUAUUGUUGAAUGUAAUUAAUGCAACAAAUUAGAACUUCUUGCAAAACACCUUUGGUAUAUCACAGAAAAAUAAGUGAUAAAUUGCUUGCAUAAGUCUGUGUGCCCAUAGUUUACAAAAGCUCAGUCAGAGCAGUUACAGUGGUUGAAAAUUAAAUUGUGCCUUGUACUUAAGGUAGGUUUGCAUGUGUAAAUAGCCUGUAGGGUAGCUCGCAGUCUCUAGCAGAGCUGGAGUAUUUAAUUUGAAUUUCUUUAACAUUUUAAUGAGGUAAUAUUCCUUACAUUUAUGCAUAGCUUCAUUGAAACCAAUACAGUUUAAGCAUGUAAUGUGUUAGUGGGACUGUCCAUACACAUAUUUCUUUAUUAAAAAGAUUAAAUUGAUGAAUUAGACAUAGUUGAAAUAUUUGAGUCCCGCCAGCCUUGUCAUUAAUGGAAUUUAACCCUGCUGUCACCUAAUUCUUGCUGUAUAGCUAGUUUUCUGUACCUAAUUGCACAUAUGUGCAGUUUCUUGCUAGCAUAAUUACACUUCUGAGAACACCUAAGAGCAAAGAUCUACCACUAGCAGGUUGCUAAGAGGUGGCAUUUUGUAUAAAAGAAGGCAAAAAGAGCAUUAUGAAAGAAGAAACGAGCAUCUACAGUUCAAUUAUAGAAUCUGAAGUCUCUAAUAUGUGAAACACAAGAAGGCAAAAUGAAGUGCCCUCCCUGAAGCAGAACAAAGGUGGUGGUUGCCCAUUUGGGGAAACUCAAGUUGUCCCUCUUUAGUAUUAGCAGAGGAACCCCACUGCUCCCAGCAUGACACUAAUGAGGCAAGUGCCUUUGGAGAUUCUGCUUCAGAACUCGGAAGUAAAUACAAGUUUGAUAAAAACACAGCUGCUUGCACGACUUGAGGGCAGAAGUGCUCUGAAGAAUCUUGAACCUUGUCUGUUUGCUGAGGAAGGAUCUCCUGUUCAUGGAGAUGUCAUUGAAUUCCAUGGACCGGAAGGAACAGGAAAAACAGAAAUGCUUUAUCACCUGGUAGCCCGCUGCAUCAUCCCAAAAUCAGGAGGAGGUCUGGAAGUGGAAGUCAUGUUCAUUGACACAGACUACCAUUUUGAUAUGCUUCGUCUAGUUACCAUCCUUGAGAACAGAUUGGCACAAAGGACAGAAGAAAUGAUCAAGCAAUGCCUGGGAAGGCUCUUUCUGGUGAACUGCAGUAGUAGCACUCAGUUACUCCUCACUCUCUACUCCUUAGAAAACAUGUUUUGCACUCACCCCUCUCUCUGCCUUUUGAUUUUAGAUAGCAUAUCAGCUUUUUACUGGAUAGACAGAAGCAAUGGAGGGGAGAGUCUCACCUUGCAGGAGAUGAAUCUGAAGAAAUGUGCUAACUUCCUUGAAAAGCUUGUGAGCAAGCAUCACUUAGCCCUCUUUGCAACAACACAGACGCUUAUGCAGAAAUCUGCAAACUCCGCAGAAAGCUUUUUCCCUUUAAAACUGACACACGAAACUGAUACAGACUAUAGACCAUACCUUUGUAAAUCAUGGCAACAAAUGGUAACCCACAGGAUAUUUUUCUCUAAGCAGUGUAAUUCUGACAACAGCAAAGGUUUCACAGUCACUUCUUGCCACCUCAAAAGAAACCAUGUAGUAAAACGUUCAUUUAGUAUCACAGAAUAUGGAGUGCAGUUUUAAUUUCAGUUUGGUUUUUAAACGUGUAGCAAAUCCUGGUGCGUAAUCCUCACUGGGUCUAGGUAGUUUUUAGUACCUUUUAAAC